AUGUUUUCUAUUAAUAACAGAAAUGAAGACAAUGAAAAUGAAGAUAUGGGUGAAAACAUGUCAGAUAUAAAAGAAAAAUGUGAAAUUGUAGAACAAAUAAACUUUGGAGAUUAUGGUAAUGUUGAAUCAUUUAGAGUAAUUUUCAUACCAAGUAAUCAAGAUAUUCAACCAUAUGAAGUAUCUAUUUCAACUAAAGAAUCAAUACAAACACAACUUGAUAAUAUUAUAAAUACGAAAAAUAGAGUUUCAGAGUAUAUUUCAAAAAAAGAUACAUCUCAUAUUAUAUUUCCAUUAGUUGAUAUUGGAGCAAAUGGUUUUCUAGCGAAUCCAAGAGCAUCAGAUUUAUUAAGAAGAAAGAAAUCAUUUUUAGGUGAUGCAUUAUUUGUUAAUUUUAAAAAAAUAUAUAGAGAUAUCUCUUUGGAAGAAUUCUUGAAGAUUGAAAAAUUCAUUUCAAAGAAUAUAUACGUUCAAGACUUUGAAAAUAUUUGUAAAAUUAAUGACCAUGAUUUGGUUAGUUUAAUUACCAAAAAAUCAACAUUUCAAGUUGAUAAAGAUAUAUGGAUUUAUAAAAAAAAGUCAUCACAAGCUUUAUAUGAAAUUAAUUUUAAAGUAAAUGAUAUAGAUUUUGAAUAUAAACCAAUUGUUGAAAAGUUAAAACCAGCCGGUCCUUUCUAUUCACAUUUUACAAUUGAAGGAAUUUCAUUCUUUUCUAAAAUUUUACCUCAAAAAACUCUCUCCAUCAAUUCAUUAAGUAAUAGAGUAUUAAUGUAUUUGAUUUGGAGACAACAAAAACUAUUGUUUGGUUGUGAUCAACAAUACAUUGAUACUUCUGAACAAGAACAUAGAUUAGAACAUGAACAAUUUUUAAAGGAUAAUGUAAAAAUACAAAAAGAUAAUGAACAAACAUCAAUGGAUAUUACAACCUCAACUUCUACAACAACAACUGCAACUGCAACAACUACCACAACUGCAACAGAUGUAGAAUUUAAAGAUGUUACAAAACCAAAACAAACAGAUGUUAAAUUUAAAGAUAUAUCACCACCAUCACCAUCAUCAUCAUCAACAUCUACAUCAACAUCAACAUCAACAAUGAUUAAUAAUGAUAAAGAAGAUGAAGAAAUUAUUGAAUUAUAUGGUAUAAAAAUUAAAAAGAAUCAUAGUGUAAUUAGUAUUAAAGAUAAAGAAAUUUAUAAACAUGUUAUUAAAGCUGGUAAUGGUACAGUAUUUCCAACAAUUGGUAAUUCUAUUGUAAUUAGUUUUAGUACUAGACUACCAAAUGGUAAAAUCAUUCAAGAGAAACAAAAACAAACAAUCAUUAUUGGUGAAACCAAUUGUAUCAUUGGUAUACAUUAUGCAUUAACAUCGAUGAGUCCUGGUGAACAUUCAAUAGUUGUAUUGGAUCCACAGUAUGCAUAUGGUGAUUUAGGGUUACCUGGUUUAAUCACUGCACAUACCAGGUUAAUUGUUUUAAUUGAAGCUUCAAAUCAAUUCGAUACAAGGGAGAAAUCAAAUAAUGCAACUAUAAUUAGAAUGAGUACAACUGAGAAAAUCAAUGCAAUUCGAUCAGGUAGUGAUCUAGCAAAGAAUAAUUUCAACUCUAAUAGACUUGGUAGGUCAUUGAGGGAUUAUAAAUCUUUGGAAAACUAUUAUAAUUUAGAUUAUCUAUCAAAGGUUUCUCAAGAGGAAUGGGACGAUAUUCAAAGUUUGGCAACUUCAAAUUCUAUCAAUAUAGCCAUAGUUUACUCAAAGCUAAAUAGAUGGGAUCGUACAUUUCAUUAUUUAAAACUUGCAAUGGAAUAUGAUGAAGACUCUCCAAAAAUUCAUUAUUGGCUCUCCAAAUGCUAUAAAAAUGGUCAAAACUAUGAAGAUGCUAUCAAAGAAAUUCAAUUGGCUCAAAAAAUUGACUCUGAAUCUCAAACUCCAAAAAUGACAAAUCUUCAAUACAAUAAGGAAUUAGAUCAUUUGAAUAAACUAUUGGCAAAUCAAGAAUUGGAAGAACGUAAAAUGUAUAAAAGAAUAUUUGAUAAUUUACAUGAAGAUGAUGAUAAUCAAACUACUGAAAUUAAUAAAAUGGAAGAUGAUUUAUUAUUUACUCAAGGUAAUAGUGAAAAUAAAAAUCUUGAUAUUAUUGCCGAUUCAAAUAAUUAG